UUCACUAUGGCGAUGCGAGUCAGCUAUAUUUUCGCUUCUUCAAUGAAAAUAGAAAAACUUGUUGUAAGGGCUGUAUAUGUGUCAGAUGCUAGUGUGUGAUGUCGCAAAAAGGUUAUGGAACGUUUCUAGAUAGUCUAUACGCGGAAAGAACAGAGCUGACGUCGGUGGGUGAAACAGCUUCAAGUAGAGUGGAUGAGAUAAAUGCCAGUGUUAUGCUGUCUCACGACCCAAUUCUUCAGAGACAAGAUGCAGCAACACAAAAGAGACUUCCUCUUCUAUUUUAUGUCUUUUUCCACUGGAAAUCAUGCACUGGUGUGGCUUGUAUCUUAAUCUGUCUAAAUUUGAGUAUCAUUGGAUUGUUUUCUUUAUCACUCCCGUCUUAUCCAAGGUCUACUGAGAGUGAGUGGCAUGAUGUAGCACAAUACCUUUUCUCUUGUGGCACAUUUGGUUUUACAGGAGGCUGUAUCAAUUAUGUGGCAGUGAUUCUAUUUUUUAAGAAAGUUCCAGGUAUCCUUGGAAGUGGGAUUGUUUUUCAUCACUAUCAAGUUAUUUUUGAAAGUGUGAAGAGUUCAGUCAUCAACACCUAUUUUGAGAGGACAUUUCUUGAAUUAUACAGUGCCCAAAAACUAAAUCAACAAAUAAUUCGUCUAAACAUUGAAGGGCAGCUACAGAGAAUUUUACAGUCAGAGACAGUUGAUCACCUUAUUACCACAGAGCUUCAUUCUUUAUUGAUCUCCUCAGAAGGGCAGCUUUUAUCUGGAGCUGGUAUAAAUCCUUCUUUGCUCUGCCCACUAGUGAAGCCAUAUGUGGUAGAACUUUUAACUGAAGUAGUUCCACUUAUAAUGGAUAGAUGUUCAUCCUUUAUUCAGGAUGAAGGUUUACAAAGUCUGAGACAAGAGGUCCAGAGGUACACAACAAGAACACAAAAUAAAAUUUCUUCACGAAAAGUAGGGCUUUUAAUAAGAGAUAUGAUGUAUGGCCAUUUAAAUCUCCUUACUGUCUUGGGAUGUGCUGCUGGAAUAUUUCUAGGUGUAAUGUCAAAAAUAACAGGAGUCGGCCAAGUACUAUGAGAUUGAAAAUACUGUUCAAAACUCUCUCAAUAGUGACAAGUGUUGAUGCUGUUUUCUGAAGAACUAGCCUUGGCUUUAAACUGUUGAACAUAGAGCAACAGAAUUACUCAUAGUAUCUUUAAUUAAGUAAAGAUGAGACAGAACUCUUUCAUCAAAAUCAAAACCAGUAAUUUAUAUUACUUCAAUUGUAAUUUUUUUUAAUAUGGAAUAAUGGCACAAAUUAUCCUAGAGGAAAUCAAGUCUGGCCCUUAUCCCAAUAUGACUACAAUAUAUUAAGUAAAAGAGAAGGACAUUUAUCUGUUGUUUUUUUGGCAAUCACGUACCUGUGAUUUGUUUUUGGGAUGAACCAGUUAAUUUAUAUUUCUUGUUUGAUUACUUUCUGAUUGAUUGAACUGGUUAUGAAGUUGCUGUUGGAACCUUUUUAUUGUGUUUUUUCCAAACAGAAUUUAGUUUGAAAUAAAUUUUUUUUUGGAAAAAAAGCAAAAUGUUGAAGAAUGAAAAGUUUUGCGAAAGUAUCAAGUCAAUAGGUGAAGAUAGAUAGGACAGUGGAGAAUUUGAGAACUUGUAGCUUUGAGUAACUGGCACAAGAACUGCCUCUUUGAUUACUCCUGCUGUCCUAACCAGUGUGGAUUUCUUGUAACUUAGAGUGGAUGGGUUAGUCAAUUUUUUUAAAAUAAAUACACAGACUGAACAUGUAAAA